AUGCUGAGCGUGGUGCGUGGACGGAUGACGGCGGCUAAGCGCCCGCUACUGGGGCGCAUGGCACAAUUCGCGUCGAGUGCGGAUGGAUCGGGCACAGAAGCAGAGCAGGCGAUGCACACAACGCUACAGACGCAGCUGGAAGCGGUGCACGUCAAGGUGACGGACGUGUCGGGCGGUUGUGGCUCUAUGUUCGAUGUGGAGGUGGCAUCACCGCAGUUCGCAGGCCAGUCUCGCGUCAAGCAGCAUCGUAUGGUCAAUGAGAUUCUCAAGGAGGAGAUCAAGAGCAUGCACGGUCUCACCAUCCGGACCAUGACGCCCGAGCAGUUCCAGACUAAGUAGACGCCAAUCCAUAGUUCUGCAGCUACAUGCGUGUACUUAGCAAUAGACACGGACAAAUAUGAAGAAAAACAUCUCAGGUUGAUGUGGUUUUGCACGGCACAAGCUGAGCCUGUCCUAAUCCUCUGUAGGGGCUGUUUAUAGGCCACAGCACGUCUGUCUAUGAGCUGGAGGUGUAUUUGGCGAUGCCAGCUUCGUUGAUGAUGCAAAUGUGGUCGAGGUCGCGGAAGAUCUCGUUGUAGUCGAGACAGUUGCCGAUCACGAACUGGUCGGGGAUAUUGAAGCCCACAAAGUCAGCCUGGAAGCCGCAGCUCUCCGGGUUGCGUUUCUCCAGUAGACUGGCCACACGCACCGACGCAGGCUCGUACUCCUUGAGCAUGGGGACGAGCUUGGCCAUGGUUUUGCCCGUGUCAAUGAUGUCCUCGACGAGGAGCAGGUCCUUGCCCUUAAACUUGGCCAGAUCCGCGCCGGAGACUUGCACGUUGCCCGUGCUCUUCGUUCCCUCGUAGCUCUUGACGCGGAU